CCGCACUUUUCCCGAUCAAGCGAUCAAGCAGAUUUCUUGUUGUUAAUCACUGAAACGGGCUUGGUUCAGUUCUGACCCGCUUGUUUUCUCGGCGAGCCAAACGUUCACAACACGCUUCCGCCAUUCUAAACGCUUCCGUUUAUCAUAAACUUUCCUCCACCCCCACAACAACCUUUUCACCUCCUUCACCCCCUUUACUUCUUCACCUCCUUCACCCUCUACUUCUUUACCCUUUUUACUUCUUCACCCUUUUUACUUCUUCACUUCAUUCACCCUUUUACUUCUUGCCUCUUCGAUCACUCGCUCACUUCAUUCUAUUCAUCAACACAUUGAUGCACUCGUUUAAUCAAUCUUGAUCAACUCAAAUCAAACCAUUCAACUCUCCGGCCUCAAUCUUCACGGUUCCUACAAUUUUCACCAGGUACUAUGGCGGUCAAGAAGCUCUUUUUUACAGCUAAAGAGGUUGCUGCUAUUCAGUAUGCUGAGCGCGUCUCUUCUGUACUAUCUGUAUUGGGCUGUUUCUUCGUUAUUGCAACGUUCUGUUCAAUGAGGAUCUUCCGCAAGCCGAUCAAUCGUCUUGUGUUUUACGCCACCUUUGGCAACCUUGCUACGAAUGUAGCCACUCUGAUCUCCCGCUCCGGAAUCUUGGCUGGUGAGAAUUCAUCACUCUGCCAAUUCCAAGCUUUCAUUAUUCAGAUGUGCAUGCCUGCCGAUGCACUCUGGAUGUUUUCUAUGGCUCUGAAUGUGUUCCUCACGUUCUUCUAUCAAUAUGGUGAACCGGAAUUCACGGCUCUCGAGAAAUAUUACUUCACCUUCAACUAUGGAAUUCCGGCUAUCCCAGCAGUAGUAUUUAUGUUGGUUCGGAAUGAGGAGCGUGGUCACAUUUUUGGGAAUGCUACACUCUGGUGCUGGGUGACCGUCAAAUGGAACGCUCUCCGUAUUGCCACCUUCUACGGCCCUGUCUGGGUAGUUCUUCUUACCACGAUGGCUAUUUACAUCAUUGUGGGCAGAAUUGUCUUCCAAAACCAAGCCCGCUUCCGUGAAUUGACCGCUCAAGCCUCUAGGAACCAAGCUUCCAUGGCCGCCUCCAUUGUUGCCAGUCCGUCUGUCCUAGAGCAGGGCCAUAUUUCGGUCAUCACUGAAGUCGACGUCACUUCGGAACCAUGUGCUAACUCCCUCGAGCGCGUCGAAUGCAUGGAAGGUCUUUCCACUGCCAAGGUUAAGGCCCAGAAGGAGAAGAAAGAGGUGUCCAGCGCCGACCGCGCCGCGUGGGCCUACCUCAAGUGUGCCCUCCUUUUUUUCACCGCUAUGCUCGUUACCUGGGUCCCGGCUACCAGCAACCGCAUUGCGACUUUGAUUAAUCCAACCCUGGUGUCGUUCGAGCUUAACUUCGUGGAAGCUCUUCUUCUGCCGCUUCAGGGAUUCUUCAACGCCGUGAUCUACAUCACCAUCUCAACCGAUGCUUGCAACUAUCUGCGCGCCCACUGUAGACGUGUCUUCAGACAGAUCUUCAUCAACCCUUGGAAGCAUGCGCUGGGCCUCCCAAUCACGAUCCCUAUGAACAACAUUGCACCAGUGAUCCCAGGCGCCCCAACCCCACGUUCUCGUUCGGGCAAGAACAAGCCAUCCUCGUACGGCCCCCCUGAGAUGGAUCCCCAGCGCCCACGUAAAGCUGUCGUCAAGCCUAUCCAGCCUGAAGAGAUGGAGGAAUACCAGCGUCUGCACAAGGUGCUUAGAAUUUCGCCAGAGCCCGGAUUCACCGCCGGUAGCAGCAACACUGGGGACGCUGAGGAAUACGAGCGUCUUUACAAUGCGCUUAGAAUUUCGCAGGAGCCCGGAUCCACGGCUAUUAGCAGCAACAACUAA